GUAGCGGCGGCGGCAGCGGCUGUAGAGCCCGCAGUCGGCCUGGGCUAGAGGGUCCGGCGCAGCGACCCAGCAGGAGGGUGGGCGCGCGGGCAGCGGGAUGAAGCCGGGGCUAUGAGGCCAAAGCGCCGGUGGCGGGGGGUGGGAAGGGUCGGAUGCCGGUCCGGGGGCACCGCUGAGGCGGCAGGUCUCUGAGCUCGGAGACUGGUCCGGACGCCCCCGCCGCGCCCAGUCCCCUCCGACCGUGACGCCGCGGGCCGGUGGAGGCGCGGCUCCAGCACGAUGAAGGAUUUAGGGGCAGAGUACUUGGCCGGUCGCGAAGGUGUCCAGCUCUUCGGAUUGUUGAACCUCUACCUAGAGCAGGAACAGAGAUUCCAACCUCGAGAAAAAGGGCUGAGCUUGAUCGAGGCCACCCCGGAGACAGAUAACACUUUGUGUCCAAGAUUGAGAAAUGCCAAAGUCGAAGAUUUGAGGAGUUUAACCAACUUUUUUGGAUCUUGCACUGAAACUUUUGUCUUGGCUGUCAAUAUUUUGGACAGAUUCUUGGCUCUUAUGAAGGUGAAACCUAAGCAUUUGUCUUGCAUUGGAGUCUGUUGUUUUUUGCUGGCUGCUAGAAUAGUUGAAGAAGAAUGCAAUAUUCCAUCUACUCAUGAUGUGAUCCGGAUUAGCCAAUGUAAAUGUACUGCUUCUGACAUAAAGCGGAUGGAAAAAAUAAUAUCAGAAAAAUUGCACUAUGAAUUCGAAGCUACUACUGCCUUAAACUUUUUGCACUUAUACCAUACUAUCAUACUUUGUCAUACUUCAGAAAGGAAAGAAAUACUGAGCCUUGAUAAAUUAGAAGCUCAGCUGAAAGCUUGCUGCUGCCGACUUACCUUUUCAAAAGCAAAACCAUCCAUACUAGCUUUGUGCCUUCUCAGUUUGGAAGUAGAAACUUUGAAAUCCAUUGAAUUGUUGGAAAUUCUCCUGCUUGUUAAAAAACAUUCCAAGGUGAAUGACUCCGAGUUUGUUUACUGGAGGGAGUUAGUUUCUAAAUGCCUAGCGGAAUAUUCUUCUCCUGAAUGUUGUAAACCAGAUCUUAAGCUGGUUUGGAUCGUUUCAAGGCGCACAGCCCAGAACCUCCACAACAGUUAUUACAGUGUUCCUGAGCUGCCGACAAUACCGGAGGGGGGCUGUUUUGAUGAAAGUGAAAGUGAGGACUCUUGUGAAGACAUGAGUUGUGGAGAAGAGAGCCUCAGCAGCUCCCCUCACCGGGAUCAAGAGUGCACGUUCUUCUUCAGCUUCAAAGUGGCGCAGACACUGUGCUUCCCGUCUUAGAAAUCUCAUUGUCCUAGGCCCGAGUUCUAAGUGUGUGCACAGGUUUCACAGCAAUAAAGGGAGUAGGUCGCUCCCUGGUCCACCCCAUCCAGGCAGGAACUGCAUCGA